AUGGACCCUCAUCAGGCUUCAUCAGGGCCGACUCCCUCCGGGGCAGCUUCGUCAAGUACAGCUGGACAAAGCACCAGCACGUCGCAAGCCCAAGCAGCAGAUGACAAUGGAAGCCGGAAAGGGAAGAACCCGUUGCCCUCGAUCAAUUUGCCCAAAGGUGGUGGAGCGAUUCGCAGCAUUGGAGAGAAGUUUUCAGUGAAUUCAGUGACCGGAACAGCAUCAACCGAAGUACCAGUUCCCAUAAGCACAUCUCGGGGUGGUUUUGGCCCAACGCUGUCAAUUUCCUAUGAUUCGGGGUCCGGUAAUGGGCCAUUUGGUUUUGGGUGGCAACUAAAUGCCCCUUCAAUCACUAGAAAGACUGAUAAGGGUCUGCCGCAGUAUUUGGACGAAGAAGAAGGCGAUCUAUUUAUUAUCGCAGGAUCCGAAGACCUAGUUCCGGAUCUCGAUUUCAAAGAUGGUACAUGGUCGAGAAGCGACCCUGAUGUUGUUGAAACAGAAGGGACAAAAUUUGAAGUAAGACGAUAUCGUCCAAGGAUCGAAGGAUCAUUUGUUCGCAUUGAACGAUGGACGGAAUACCAGAGUCGGGAGAUUCACUGGCGCACAAUAACGGGAAACAAUGUGACGACAUUGUAUGGGGAUAGUUCUGCUUCCAGAAUCUCGGACCCAAUCUGCGCUCCUGGGAAAGCGCCUCGCACAUUCAAAUGGCUCAUGUCCGAGAGUUGGGAUGACAAGGGCAACUGGCUUGUGUAUGAGUACAAAGCAGAAGACUCGGCCAAUGUUGACAUUACCGCGGCCCAUGAGUCCUGUCGAACAGAGGCAACUCGGACAAGCCAAAGAUAUAUCAAAAGAAUAAAGUAUGGAAAUCGAACAUCUAGACUAGUGGGUAUCAAGACCGAGAAGCCGGAUUGGAUGUUUGAGGCCGUAUUCGACUAUGGAGAUCACGGCGGACAGUCGCCAACACCAAAGGAAUCACAGUUGUGGCCAGUUCGUCCUGACUCAUUUUCCAGCUACAGAUCAGCAUUUGAGAUUCGGACAUAUCGGUUGUGUCACCGAAUCCUUUUGUUUCAUCAUUUCCCGAAUGAGAAAGGAGUGGGAGCGGACUGUCUGGUGUCAUCAUUUGAGAUACAAUAUGUCCAGCCUGGGGAGCUUCAUCAGGCUAGUGAUAACAAGCGUGUUGCGUCAUUCGUAUCAUCGUUUACCUCCAGAGCAUAUCAGCGGCAGGGCACUGGAUACUUUAACAAGGCACUCCCUCCAAUUCAGUUCAAGUACAGUGAGCCAGAAGUGUCUUCCGAAAUAUGUGAUCUAAACAGCCGGGACCUCGCAGAGCUUCCCUUUGGCUUGGACGAUGCCAUUUCGAAGUGGAUUGACCUAGACAGCGAAGGGAUUCCAGGGAUAUUAACGAAACAAGGGGAUACAUACCAUUACAAAGCAAAUAUGGGCGGCUCAAACUUCUUUCCCAACAAACAAAUCGACCUGGCACCGGCUCCAGCUGCUUCAUCUGGAUCUAAAGAUCAGUGGAUGGAUCUUGCAGCGAGCGGUCAUUUGUCUCUAGUAAGAUUUGAUGCGCAUACUCCUGGAUUCUACCGCCGAGACUGGAACUACCCUGGUUCAUGGCAUCAAUUCAAACCCUUCGAGUCUCUGCCGAGCAACAUAUCUCUUUCUAAUGCAAUGCAAUUUCUGGACCUCACCGGAGAUGGGUUGACGGAUAUCCUGAUUGCGAAUGACGAAGUAUUUGUUUGGUAUCCUUCGCUCGGCGAAGCCGGCUACGGAAAUGGUCGCCCUAUCAAGACUCCAGUUCAUGAUAGGGAUGGCGCCAGGCUCCUUGUAUCCGACAAGUCAGAGGCAAUAUAUGUCGCAGAUAUGUCGGGAGAUGGACUGACUGACUUGGUCCGAAUUCGCCAAGACGAGGUAUGCUACUGGCCAAAUCUGGGAUAUGGGGAGUUUGGUCCCAAGGUUACGAUGGAUAAUGCGCCAUGUUUGGAUCUUCCUGAUUUGUUUCGUCAAGACCGGAUCCGACUCUUUGACAUUGACGGCUCUGGAACUACUGACAUCAUAUAUCUUGGCCGGGAGGAGGUGUUUUACUACCGCAAUGAGUCCGGAAACAGCUGGUCUGCCGGAUCAAAGAUCAUAGCAAUGCCGAUGCUAGACAAUGCCUCCCAACUUCAAGUCGUGGAUCUGUUCGGCAGAGGAACAGGCACAUUGGUCUGGUCGUCUACUCUACCCUCAGACAGAGGUCGACACAUACGAUAUAUUGACUUGAUGGGAAAUCAGAAACCACACCUUCUCACACACCAAACAAACAAUCUCGGAGUAGAGAGCAAAAUAUUCUACAAAACAUCCACAGAAUAUUAUCUCCAGGACAAACUUGCGGGAAGACCCUGGUUGACCCGUCUUGCCUUUCCGGUCCAGGUGGUAGAGCGCCAGGAAACAUAUGACUAUGUCAGCAAAAACAAGUUUGUUUCUCGUUUUAUCUAUCACGAUGGGUAUUACGACUGGUUUGAGAGAGAGUUCAGAGGUUUUGCAAUGGUUGAGAAGAUUGACACUGAGGAAUUCGCUGCAUUUAGUGAAUCCUCUCAGUUUCCUGAAGCUUCGAAUACCGACGAAAGAUCUCAUGUACCACCAAUCCUUACAAAGUCAUGGUUUCACACAGGAGACAUGCAAGAUGCUUACCGCAUAUCCAAAUCCUAUGAGGAGCAAUACUAUCGCGAAGCUGGCUUAACUGAUGAAGAAUACGAGAGCAUGCUGUUACCGGAUACUGUUCUGCCCACCGAUGUUAGAGCAUUUGGAAGAUUCAUUGAUCAUGACUUUUCCACGGACGAGAUACGAGAGGCCUGUCGUUCACUAAAAGGGAAACCACUUCGGACUGAAACCUACGCAUUGGACGGCUCUGAGGCAGAAGACAGACCUUACAGUGUAUCUGAGUCAAAUUACUCCAUCAUGGCAAUGCAGCCAAUUGGACCAAAUAAGAAUGCCGUUUACCUCUCAUAUCCGCGAGAUUCGCUUUCCAUUACCUAUGAACGUGAAGAAUUCAAGUCUGGCAAAGAUGGUCGGACAAUGGCAGAUCCUCGCGUCAGCCAUUCCGUGGUGCUUCGUACAGACGAGCUCGGACAAGUUCUACUCUCAGCUUCAAUUGUAUACGGGCGUCGUCAUCAAGAUCCAUCGGCUUUCUUUACUGAUCGAGAUCGCGAUGAGCAGAGGAAAAUGGAAAUUACUUUCACAGAGACAAAUUACACAAACAUGAUCUGGGAUAAGACCUCGUACAGGCUACCAUUGUCAUACGAGAACCGGACGUAUCAGCUACUCAAUUUUCAAUCACAGCUAUGUCUGUCGGGAGUUGUAGCUACUUUGCAGCGCGAUAAAGUUCAUCAAACCAUACUGAUGGCUUCAGACGGGAAGCAUGACGUUCCCUAUGAAGAUUACGAUGGAAGUAGUGCUCAUGGGCACCAUGCACAUCGCCGCUUGCUCAAGCACAGUCUGUCUACAUUUCGGUCGAAUGAUUUCACACAUGAGCUUCCGCCGGGAGAACUGCAAUCCCUGGCCGUUUCGUACAUGUCCUAUGACAAAAGUAUUAGUGCUGAAUACGCGAAGAAAGUCUAUGUUGACUCAGGAAAGUUUGACAAUGAGGACCAACUGAAAGAUGCGAUGAGUGCAGGCGGCCAUGUACAUAUUAGUUCUCAGACUGACUGGUGGAUUCCUUCCGGAAGAGUCUUCUAUUCUCCUUCAGACUCAUAUAACUACGAAGAAGAACUGGAGCAUGCUAAGAAGCACUUCUUUAAUGCCCUACGGUAUCGAGACCCAUUCUACUCGACGACGAACAACACUGAGGUGUCUAUCACGUAUGAUGAUUAUGACCUCUUGGUACUGGAGUCAAAAGAUGCCCGGGGUAAUCGAAUCACGGCUGGCAUCCGGAAUCUUGAUCCAGAACAACCUAUCGUUCAGUCAGGGCUGGAUUACCGUCUACUAAAGCCCAUCCUGGCUAUGGAUCCUAACAGAAAUUGUACAACACUAGUCCAUGAUGUGCUUGGUUACGUCGCAGGAUGCGCAAUCAUGGGAAAGCCUGAAAACGACGAAGGUGACAAUUUAGAAGGAUUCGAUCCAAAUUUGUCGGAUGAAGUCAUUCAAUCACAUUUUGCUUCUCCUCUUACAACAGGUCAGAGCCUUAUAGGAAAUGCCACUGUACGUUAUGUCUACGACAUAAAUGCAUUUUACAAACAUUUUGACCCGGAAACUCUGAAUGGGCCGCCGACACGCAUGUCGACUAUUGCUCGUAUGACACAUUCCUCAGAUCUAGUGGACGGGGAAGAGUCAAGAAUGAUGUAUAACAUUUCGUACUUUGAUGGUCUCGCCAGAACGAUCCAAUCAAAGUCAUAUGCUGGCCCUGGCUUGGUAGAUCGCAUUUCAGAGCCCAUUGCCGGAGGUUUAUCUGACACAUCAGAAUUAUCAGGAGGCGAAAAAUCAGGACAAAUCGUCCCACACAGAUGGAUUUGCAGCGGUUGGAAUAUCUUUAACAAUAAGGGGAGCCCUGUGCGCAAGUAUGAGCCGUUCUACUCGUCUACCGAGACAUACGAGUUCAAUGCCAAGUUUGGUGUGUCUGGGAUCAUGUUUUACGAUGCUUUGGGCCGUGUCGUCGCAACUUUGUUUCCUGAUCAUAGCUGGUCCAAGGCAGUGUUCGGACCUUGGAGCCAGCAGCAAUGGGAUGCUAAUGACACGGUAGACCGGAGCCCACUACAGGAUCCUGACGUUGGAGGCUAUUUCAAGAGACUAAUUCUGGCCGAAGGCGAGCAAACAGAAGCCGGCAGACAGUCACCAAAAUUCCAGACGUGGUAUGAGCAGCGUAUUGACGGAAGAAUGGGAACGCACGAGCAGGCAGCCGCAAGAAAAUCCGCUGUCCAUGCUGAAACACCAACUAUAAUCUUUCUUGAUUCAAUGGGGAGGGCAUUUCUUACCGUUGAGCAUAACAGAUGGUUGGCAAACAACCAGGGGAAAGCAGAUGGCAAAGGGAAACCACAAUAUGAAGACGAAUUCAUGCACGACAUCACCAUCUACGACAUCGAAGGCAACAAGCAUGCCAUCAUUGACAGCAAGGGUCGCAAAAUUCUCGAAUUCCACUGGGACAUGUCUGGCACAAAAGUCCAUCAAGCAUCUAUGGAAGCCGGCCACUUAUGGAUGCUCCACGACAUAAACGGGAAUCUAGUUCACGGAUGGGACAGCCGAAAGCAAAGAUUCCGCAACGUCUUUGACAACUUGCGCAGAUCAAUUGAGUCACAUCUUUGCCACGACGAUGAUCGAACAGAAAAGCUCGUGGAGCGCACCGAGUACGGCGAGUUCCUCCCGAACGCUGAGGAGAGAAACAUACGUACACGUCCGAUCCGUGUAUGUGACCAAGCUGGUACUGUGUCAACGGAUGCCUACGACUUCAAGGGAAAUGUUUUGGCCACGACGAGGCGUUUUGCGAAACAAUACAAAGGCACAUUGGACUGGGUGGACGAAGUUGUUCUCGAGGAUGAGAUGAUGAUACAUUCGAUGAGAUAUGAUGCCGCAAAUCGCAAAAUUGGAGAUACAACUGCUGAUGGAUCUAUCUUGAACUAUUACCAUAGUGACGUCGGUCUGAUUCAAAGCAUCAAGGUACAAGUAGCGGGCGCCCCUGAGCCAGUGGCAUAUCUGCAAGAUGUUGAGUAUAACGCUCGCGGGCAAAGAAUCUGGGUUCAGCAUGGCAACAAGACCGUCACAGCUAGUGCGUAUGACGAUUUCAGCUUUCGACUCAAGUCGAUCGUCACGUACAAAAACGUCCAUACAUCACCUCGAAAGCAAAAUCCCCAAAAGGACAAGAAAUGUGCAAAGGUACAGGAUUUAUACUACACAUACGAUCCGAUUGGCAACGUAACGCACAUUCAUGACGAUGUCCAGGACAUCAUAUACUUCCGAAACAAAAAAGUCGAUCCGUCAUCAGAUUAUGUCUAUGAUGCGGCGUAUCGCUUGAUUGAAGCCACCGGCAGAGAGCACCUUGGGCAGGCAAAUCAAGGCAUGGAAUCGCCUACCACCAGGUCCCCAGAGCAUUUCAGUACUGACCAUGCCCAUGACGACGGUUCGAUGGCACGAUACACAGAGAUAUAUGCGUAUGAUUCUACUGGAAACUGUUUGCGACUGCAUCAUAUUAGUGCCGACGAGAAGCGAGCAUCAUGGACGCGGCACUUCACGUAUCAAGAACCCAGUCAGCUGGAGCCUGAAAAGAUGUCUAACCGCCUGUCCGUCAUGAGAAUAGGAUCCAAGGAUCAUAUAUUCAAGUACGAAGGGUUGCAGGGAUCUUCUGGGAAUGUCACAUCUACAUAUAAUCUACCAUCUCUGAAUUGGGACUACAAAAACCAACUGGCGUCUACAUCGCGACGUGGAGGCGAAGGGGAGGAGUUCAAAGGAGAGAUCACAUAUUACAGGUACGACGCAAGAGGCCAAAGAGUAAGGAAGGUGACGGAAAAGAAGAUAGAGUCGUUUGAUGAAAAGUCAUCUGGCACUCCGACCGUGAAGCUCAAAGAAAGAAUCUACUAUGGGCCAUUCGAGGUGUUCCGGAGAUACAAGGGAGAUGGAAAGGAAAUAAAACUCGAGCGACAGACGCUUCAUGUCGCCGAUGAAGCUAAAAUGUUCGCCCUGGUUGAAACACGGACUAUUGGAGAAGAGAAGAACAUCCCACGUCAAGUUAUCCGUUACCAGCUUACCAACUCGACUGGGUCGGUUCAAGUCGAGCUGAACCAUGAGGGUGACUUGCUGUCCUACGAAGAAUACUCGCCCUUUGGGGACACCACGUAUUCAGCAUGGAAUGGAUCUCUGGGGUCACCCAAACGAUAUCGAUAUUCUGGUAAAGAGAAAGACGAAGAAAGUGGUUUAUACUACUAUGGUGCUCGAUACUACCUCACGGUCGCAAUGAGAUGGCUGAGCCCUGACCCUGGCGGGUGGAAAGACGGAUCAAAUCUGUAUCAAUAUGUAAAGUGCAAUCCGGUGAGCAAGACUGACUUCGCGGGUACGGAGGCAUCAUGGUGGAACCGUGCUGUAGGAGUUGCUACAGUGGUUGGUGGUGCUCUUGAAAUUGCAGCCGGAGCAGCAGGUCUCGCUGCUCCAACCGGUGUAACUCAAGUAUUGGGAGCUGUUGCCGUGGUUCACGGUGCCGAUACUGUCUGGGCAGGCUUAAAACAAGCGUACACCGGAGAAGAACAGAAGACAUUCACAGAGCAAGGGGCCACGAAGCUUGCGGAAGCAGCUGGCGCAAGUAAGGAGACGGCAGCAAAGAUCGGUAUGGGCGUGGACAUGGCCGUUGGAAUCAUCCCAGAUGCAGUGGGAUCGCUUGCCAAAAAUGGACCGAAACUUCUGUCGAAGGCUGGCAGCGCUUUGGAGAAGACGGGCUCUGCUCUGAAGUCGGCUGGAAAGGCGCUGGGAGAAGGAGGCUCUGCGCUCAAGAAGGUUGCAAUCGAAGCGGCUCACGAACUUGGCCGUACCGGAGCCGCUGUUCUUGAGAAGGGCAAAGGUGCCGUUGACGAAAUUGUCAAAGUAGUCAAGAACCCUGGAAUGGUGGUCACUGCCGUAGGUGACCACGGCAUGUCCAUGAUGAUGACAGUCUUUGACGAGGGCAAAGCUGCUGUGAAAGCCGUUGGUGGUGGUGGAGGAGGGAAAGGAAAUAUCUGGUUGUCACAAGCUGAACGGGGCUUGAAAGCGGCGGCCCAGAAGUUGGAGAAGGCCAGAGGAUGGGUGGGAGAGGUUGAAAAACAUCACAUCUUCCCCCAGGCACAGGAAUUCCGGGACAUGUUUAGGGCCGCGGGAAUCAACAUUCAUGAGUAUACGUUUGCCUUGAACAAGGCAGCCCAUCGUAUUAUUCAUGGUAAGCACCUGGAGGAGGCGGGACACCUGGCUUUGGAUUGGAAUAAGGCAUGGGAAACUUGGAUUCAGGGCUUGAAUGGGCGAGUUCCCGGGAAGGAGGAGAUAUUCAAGGCAGGCGAAGAGAUCAUGGAAAAGACGGGCGUUAUGGCGUAUUUUGAAGAGGGUGGAAAGGAGUGGAUUAAGUAUGAGAAACCGGCUUGGGUAAAGAGAUGGUUGGCAAAGAUUGGUAAGACCGUGGAUGAUUUCGACGAGGAGGCGAAGAUAUUAGGUGGGAUGAAGAAGUAA